AUGGCAGCUAGCAUGUCUAGUGACCCAGUUUACCUGGGUUUAGACCAAAAGUUUGACAAAGUUUUGGCUGAUAUGAAACCACAUGUGUUAAAACUUCCUCAUAAAACAGAUCGACAAAAAUGUGCAAUAUGGAUCAAAAAGCUUUGUGAACCAGUCAUGGGCAUAACUGGAAGGAAGAAUCGUAAUGCAUAUGCUCAGCUGAUGUUACAUAUGCUGAAAAGAGGAGUCCUUGAGGGACCAUUCACAAGUAAACCCCAAGAUGGACCCCUUCCAACACUACCUCCUUACAUGUCAAUAUACUUCGAUGAGCCGUCUGGCAAGAAAGGACAGUUUGAGGACAAAGUACCAGAUUGGGUGGCUGGAGAACUAACAUCAUCAGUGGGGUCUUCAUUGUUCAAAACCUCUAUAGGAAACCCAACAGCAUCCUCCACAUUUAGGUCUGGGAUAUCGCCGAUCGGACAUGAAAGGGGCCUCCGCAGGAGACCACAUACCAGUAUGGGGAUAGAACUGGACAAAGAUCCCAGCAUAGCAUCACCGAUACGUGGUAUGACAUCACCAGUACAUAUCACAUCGCCAGUUAGAGGCUUAGAGCUACCAGACCAUGGCUUAAUGUCAUUUGAUGAUAUAAGUAUCGGUAGAAAGUCACCCACAAUAAAGAAGACCCACUUCCUGUCUGAUGAUGAGGAAAGCCUGCGCCUUAUCAGACAUGAUGAGAGAAAGCUUUUCAAAGAAUCACCUAAACUCAAACGGAAGAAGGAAGAAGAACUUAGCCAACCAUCUCCUCCUCCCUAUAACCCUCCAUCAGGUCUGUUUGGAGGAUCCAUUGCAUCCACAAAAUUGACUUUUGAUGUUGAUCAAACAAAGGAUUAUGGCAAAGAUAAUAUACAAAUGAAGACAAAAAUGUUAGAAGCAAGAUUUCAUGAAGAAAAAUUACGCCUACAACAAAAACAUGAUUCAGCUGUACAGAAGAUUUUAGAUAGGAAAAAUGCUGAAAUUGAAGAACUGAAAUCUCACUAUAGAUCAAAAGCCAAGGAAUUAGAAGAAACUAUUUCUAAAAUGGAAAAGAAAAUCCAAACACUAGUCAAAGAUUCUCAGACUAUGAGGGAUACCAAAGACAAACACAUUGUGGAACUCAAGAAGAUGGUAGAGGAAUCCAAUAUCACACGCAGAAACGAAUUUGAAAAAGAAUUAAAUGACAUGGUUGCUAAAUUUGAGCAAGAGAAGUUUGACAUGCAAAAGAACCAUACGAAGAGUAUACAGGAGAUUCUGGAUGACACAAAUGGCCGUCUGCUGAAAAUGGAGAAGGAGUACAAUCAACAGACUAACACAACAUCGGCAGUCAUCAAGGAGCUAGAGAAUCGCCUACAGAUCCUCAUGUCUGAGGUGGACCAGACAGCCAAGGCAAGAAAUGCUGUGGAACGAGAGAAGAUGGAUCUCGACAGUAAAUUGGAUCGCCUGACAGCUGACUUCAGAGAUAUGAGAGAAAAAUAUACAAAUCUGGAGAAGGAACAUCAGAGGACUAUAGAGGUAAAUGACCAAGAGAUGAGGACUCUGAAAAACAAAAUGGAAGCUAGUCUGGAGUUUAUGAAACAAGAACACAACAUUGCUGCAGCAAAGGCUGGGGACAACAUUUCUGAGUUAGACAAUCAUGUGGACCAGUUGAAGCGAGCUCUGAAGGAUGCUGAGGAACAGCGACAGAGACAAGUAAGAGAAAUGGAACAAGUACAACAACAAGACAAGAUCCACAUGGAGAAUCUCCACGACAAACAGACAAGAGCUAUGAAGUUGGAGACAGAACAAAUGGAACAGGACUUUCAGAAAAAGAUUAAGAAACUGGACCAGACAGUAAGAGAGAAAGAUGAUGAGAUCAAGAAAUUAACAGACAAGAAUACUCAACAAUCACAACAAGCAGAAAAAGCUCUGGAGGAGUUCAAAGGUCAAGUAGAGAAAAAUCAGGAUCGCAUGUACAACGAAAUGAAACAGCAGAUGGAGAGGGUAGAGACAGAUCUGAACAAAUCCAAACAGGCCCGUGAGAGACAAGCCCGUGAAUUCAACAAACAGUUGGAAGAUGAACGGGCUCAGCAUGAGCGACAGAUGGUGGAGCUGAAGUUGACGCUGGAACAUGACAAGGCUCAGAUGUUACAAGACUUUCACAAACAGAAGGAAAUGGUCCUUUCUCAGCACGAGAAAGACUUUCAGGACCUCAAAGAAAACCACCAGUCUGAGCUCUAUGACCUUGAUACAAGGAUGCGUGAACGCACCGACCGUGAUGCCAAAAAAAUAUCUGGUGUUGAGCGACAGAAUCAAGACCUGAGAGAAGAAAUAGUGCAGGCAAAUCAGCUACGCAAGCAGCAGUUGGUGGAGCUUGGUCUGCUGAGGGAGGAGGAGAAACAAAAGAUGCAGAGGGAACAAGAAUCUGAGCUGGCAAGACUGAGAUCCGAGAUGGAGCAACAGAGACUGGAAUUACAGAAAAAUCAUAGCACAGAGAUGGAAAAGAUGCUGGAGAAGACAAAUGGGAGAUUGAAAGAUAUUGAAAAAGAGCACAUGCAGAGAGGACAAAAGGCUACAGAGACAAUAGCAGAACUACAAGCAACAUGCAACCAUCUGAGAGAGGAAGUUAAAAGGGUACAGGAAGGAAGUGAGAAAAAGAUACAUGACUCCAACACAAAAUACCAGGAAGAAACCAAGUACAUCAAAAGGCAGUACAGUAACAAUGUUGAGAAUCUACAAACAGAAUUGGAAUCCCAGGAGGCUUGGGCUAAGGCCUGGAGCUGGAGUCUCCAGAAAGAAUUGGAAUCUCAACAGAACCGUGUCAGGACACUUGAGCGUCGACUGGACCAGCAGGAAUCAGACUUUGAAGAAAAGAUGACCCAUUUGAAGCUUGCCUAUGAGGAGAAGAUGAGAGGAAUGAUGUCCCUCUCUGUGAGACAGGAACUUGAGGACACCAUUGAGUCGCUGAAGUCUCAGGUGAACUCUCUACAGCAGAGAAGUAUCAUUCUACAGGAAGAGAUUGCCAUGGAGAACCAGUAUACACUUAGUCAAUUCCAGGCCAGCUCGCCAAUCAAAGCUGUGUAGUCCAUUCCAGGCCAGCUCGCCAAUCAAGGCUGUACAGUCAAUUCCAGGCCAGCUCGCCAAUCAAGGCUGUGUAAAGUCUUAGAGAGAAAAGUUCAGUUUGAUGAAUCAGAUUACACAGGUCCAGGCCAGCUCACUAGCAUAAGGACUAUAGGGUAGGAAGAAAUCUACCAGCCAGGAUAUGCUCUGUCUGUCACUCUAUGAUUUAAGGCGUGUAGGAAUUACAUAGAUCAGCUGCUUGGUCGUCUGUGUCAGGAACCAAGAGAAGCUCAGAGCAUAGAUUUCUCAAUACAGUCUUCUUAUUUCUGUAUUAUUUCUUUAGUUCGGUCGAAGUUUGGCUGAUAAACGAUAUGAUUCAUCACCUUUAG